GCAGUAACUCACUGAACAUCCAUCCAUCUCCGACUUCCCUUCAAAGGCCUCUGUGUCUGAGUGUAUGAACAACUCAUUAGCUUUCAUAUAAAAUAAUAAUUUAACAUCUCCACAUACUUCAUUGAGUUCAUUCCUUGUUUACGAAACACCACGAUGCUUCUAGCCGUGCUGACAAUAGGUGGGAACUUCCCCUACUCCUCCACUAUGCAAAUUGACGCCCACAGAGCCUAUUUGAUUGUAUAUAAAGUGUACCUCCUUUCUCCUUUAUCCCAUUACAAGCAAGACCUGCAGUACUGUGCAGAGAUAAAACCCAAACUCCACAACAAAACCCUCUCGGUCAAGCCGAGCUUACCGGCGAUACAAUUUUAAUUGAAGCAUGAGAAAAGAUGUUUCUAAGACCAGAUGGGUCUUCUUCAGGUCUCAAUAUCUUUUCCUAUUAAUGUGUACAGUGGACUGUAGCCCUCCCGAAGACCCCAUCGAGUGUUGGUCGUCGCGAACAAGUAAUUGCACCAUCACAAAUUCCUAUGGUGCCUUCCCUGAUCGGAGUGUGUGUCGAGCGGCGGACGUUGCAUAUCCGACGAGCGAGGAAGAACUUAUUUCUGUGGUGGCCAAAGGCACGAUGAGCAAGAGAAAGAUGAAGGUGGCGACCCGUUACUGUCACAGCAUCCCCAAGCUGGUGUGCCCGGGUGGGGAGGACGGGUUGCUGAUAAGCACCAAGUAUCUGAACCGGACUUUGAAGGUAGACCCAACCACGAUGACGAUAAGCGUGGAGAGUGGCGUGACGCUGCGGCAGUUGAUCGACGAGGCAGCCAAAGCCGGGCUGGCUUUGCCUUACUCGCCCUACUGGUGGGGGUUGACGUUGGGUGGGCUUCUGGGCACCGGCGCCCAUGGCAGCUCCUUGUGGGGGAAGGGAAGUGCUGUGCAUGACUACGUCGUCGAACUUCGGAUGGUCACACCGGCGGGGCCCAAGGACAACUACGCAAAGCUCCGAGUGAUGGAUACCACUCAAACCGAGGAUUUCAAUGCCGCUCGCGUAUCCUUGGGUGUCCUUGGUGUCAUCUCACAGGUCACCCUAAGAUUGCAACCACUCUUCAAACGCUCCAUUACUUAUUUGGUGAAGAAUGACUCGGAUUUGGGAGACCAAGCGGCUGAAUUCGGCCAUCAACAUGAGUUCGCAGAUAUCAUUUGGUACCCUAGUCAAGGGAAGGCAGUCUAUCGAAUUGAUGACCGAGUCUCCUUCAAUGUCUCCGGCAAUGGUCACUAUGACUUCAUUGGGUUCCGGCCUACUCUUUCCCUUGCAUUGGCCAUCAUAAGAUCUUCUGAGGAAAGCCAAGAGUCUACAAGCAAUGCGGAAGGAAAGUGCAUCGAUGCAAAGCUAGUUACGUCCACCUUGAUGAGCAGCGCAUAUGGCCUAACAAAUAAUGGGAUUUUGUUUACGGGUUACCCAGUGGUUGGAUAUCACAAUCGGCUACAAGCCUCGGGGACUUGCCUGGACAGCCCCGAGGAUGGUCGCAUCACGGCUUGCCCAUGGGACCCUAGGGUGAAGGGCCAAUUCUUCCACCAAACCACAAUCAGCAUUGGCUUGUCCAAAGUGGGAAGCUUCAUCCUAGACCUGCAGAAGCUCUCACGGUUGGAGCCCAAGGCACUGUGCGGGUUGGAGCUCUACAAUGGGAUCCUGAUGCGAUAUGUAAAAGCCUCUAGCGCCUACUUGGGGAAACAGGAAGACGCAGUGGACUUCGAUAUCACUUACUAUAGGAGCAGUGAACCCAUGAGCCCCAGGCUUUACCAAGACAUCAUAGAAGAGGUAGAGCAGCUUGCGCUCUUCAAAUAUGGAGGGCUUCCUCACUGGGGCAAGAACAGGAACCUGGCGUUCGAUGGUGUGAUCCACAAGUACGGGAGGAAUGCGAAGGCGUUCCUGAAGGUGAAGCAAAGGUAUGAUCCGCAGGGACUCUUCUCCAACGAAUGGACAGACGAAGUGCUUGGGAUUGAAAAUCCAAGUGAGGUGACCACACUCAAAGAGGGAUGCGCGCUGGAAGGGCUUUGUGUGUGCUCGGAAGACCUCCAUUGUGCUCCACAAAAGGGUUACUUUUGUAGACCUGGUAAGGUAUACAAGGAUGCACGGGUAUGUACACGUUUGAGGACGACUCAUCCGCGGCUAAGUACUAAUAAUAUUCACAAUCAUUUGUAUCGUUAGUAUGUAAUGUGUUACCUCAGCUAAAUAUAUAUAUACCUACCUAGUCAUGUGGUUUCAGCAAGCUCGAGAAAUUACUGGCCCACCUCCCAUGAGAUCAAGGAUCUCAUUCAUAUUGAUCGAUGCUCCAGUAUGCACUCUCAUUGGUCUCAUGGUGGUGUAACGACCAUACACUACCAUGUAGCUAUCUCUUAUCCAUAUAUAUGUAAUAGGUAAGGUUUGUGGCUAUUUGUGCCACAUGGAGAGGUGACAUAAUAAAUUUGACCAUUGUUUUUUGUAAAUUAAUUUGACCAUUUGAUGAAAUGAAUCGGAUAGGUCAAUUGUCAAAUUUUAACAUCAAAUUCAGUCGUA